AUGUCUUCUCUCAAAAAAUGCUUCCCUCUUACCUCACUGCUUAUUCUUUUUGUCACCGCUGCAAGUGCAACAGAGCAUCAAGUGCAUCCUCCCUGGGAGCUUUUGGACCCCAACGAUCCAAAUGUGAUAAAUGCCGCCAAGUUUGCGGUCUUGGAAUACAACAAGAACGUCACCAGCAGCAGCAACAAGCUACUUUUCCAAAAAGUGAAUUGGUGUGAAUACGCUUAUCUAGCCGGCGCAUUUUAUGGGCUCGAUAUUGCCGCAAAAAAUGAGUCGUUACCUUCUCCGCCACAGAAUUAUAUUGUUGGGGUUUGGGCCAGACUUAACAGGCCCUUGAAAUUGAGAGGUUUUCGUAAAGCUACAGGAGACGAAUAA